UUAGACACCUUCUCCUUCUUUUUUUCAUUCAACAAAAUCUUUUGAAAACCAAACCAACUUCAAAGACUUGUAAUUUUACAAUGGCUACCCUCAAUUCCCCUGAACAUACUGAUCCCCUUGCUGAUGCUGAAGCUCUUCAUAAAGCUUGCGAAGGAUGGGGAACAGAUGAAAAGGGUAUCAUCGAAAUCAUUGGUCACAGAAAUGCAGCACAAAGGAUGUUGAUUAAGGAAGUUUAUGAACAGCAGUUUAAUGAAAAUCUUAUUAAGAGAUUUGAGAAAGAACUUUCUGGGGAUUUUGAGAAAGCUGUAUACCGAUGGAUGCUGGACCCCUGUGAUCGGGAGGCUGUUCUAGCACAUAAUGCUCUGAAGAAAGCGGAUUUCAAAGUAAUCAUCGAACUUUCUUGCAUUCCAUCAGCUGAAGAAUUCUUGGCUGUCAAGCGAGCGUAUCAGGCUCGAUACAAACAUAGCUUGGAGGAAGAUGUUGCUUGUCACUUCUCGGGUGAUAUGCGCAAGUUGCUGCUUCUGCUAGUCAGUGUUUAUAGGUAUGAGACCGAAGUAUCGGAGCCAAAAUUGGUGGAGGCAGAAGCUGAACUCCUUCAUAAGUAUAUCAAAGAUAAGGAGUAUAACCAUGAUGAGAUCAUAAGGAUCCUUACCACAAGAAGCAAGAUUCAGCUGAUUUCAACUUUUUAUCGCUUUGGAGAUAUCUGUGAAACUCCCAUUGUUGAGAGUUUGGAUUCUGAUGACGACUUUGUUGUAGCGCUCCAAGCUGCCAUUCGAUGCAUCAAGUCUCCCCAAGAGUACUUGGAACAGGUUCUGACUGAUGCGCUUAUGAAGCACGGAACGGAUGAGGAAGCACUGACAAGAGUGAUAGUAACAAGGGCUGAGAAGGACUUGGCAGAUAUCAAGGAGCUAUUUUACAAGAGGCACAGUAGGACCUUGGAGCAUGUUGUGCUUAAGGAGACUCGCAGCGACUACGAGACCUUCCUCCUUACUUUGCUUGGAAAAGAAGAUCAUUAAACAAGGGAUCAAUGCAUAUGACAGUUUCAGUGUUAUCACUGUACUUGGUCCAUUCUUGUGUUGUGGCCAUUUUAGUGCUGGUGAGAGACUUUAUGAGGCUUUGAGCCUUUUAUCCUUGCUGUGUGCGCUAUGUAUUGCUGAGUAUUCUGGUUAGUGAAUGUUGCACCCUUUGGUUGAUCUGGUGCAACAUCAGCUUAAAUAAAAUGAGAGGUGAAAUUUAUUUUACCUUUUCUUUUUU